AUGGGCGUGGUCUGGGCGGGGCUUACGGAACGAAGCGCGGUGGCGGCGAUCUGCUCGGUGCUUUGGCUGAUCUUGCUGCUUCUCUCAUCGGAUUGGGAUUCGCCUCGAAAUCCGGUGCAAAAUGUCCGACGACGAACAGCAAGAGCAGACCAUUGCCGAUGACUUGGUUGUAACCAAGUAUAAGAUGGGCGGUGAUAUUGCUAACCAGGCCCUGCGUGUGGUCAUUGAGGCAGCCAAGCCUGGCGUGUCUGUCCUCAGUCUGUGUGAGAAAGGAGACGCUUACAUCAUGGCAGAGACCGGGAAGGUCUUCAAGAAGGAGAAGGACAUAAAGAAAGGCAUUGCGUUCCCCACCAGCGUUUCAGUCAAUAACACUGUAUGCCACUUCUCUCCCUUGAAGAGCGACCCUGACUACACGUUUAAAGAUGGAGACUUGGUCAAAAUUGACCUGGGUGUCCAUGUCGAUGGAUUCAUCUCUAAUGUGGCCCAUAGCUUUGUCAUUGGGGCCAGUAAGGAAGCACCUGUGACCGGCAGGAAAGCCGAUGUUGUUAAAGCUGCCUACUUGUGUGCAGAAGCAGCACUGCGUCUUGUAAAACCUGGCAACCAAAACGCACAGGUGACUGAGGCAUGGAACAAGAUCGCCCAUUCUUUCAAAUGCAAUCCCAUUGAAGGUAUGCUCUCCCACCAGUUAAAGCAACACAUUAUUGAUGGAGAGAAGACGAUCAUUCAAAACCCUACAGAUCAGCAAAAGAAAGACCACGAGAAGGUGGAGUUUGAGGUCCAUGAGGUGUAUGCUGUGGAUGUACUGAUCAGUACAGGGGAAGGGAAGACCAGAGAUGGAGGACAAAGGACCACCAUCUACAAGCGGGACCCCAAUAAGCAGUAUGGGCUGAAAAUGAAAACCUCUAGAAUUUUCUUCAGUGAGGUAGAGAGACGCUUUGACGCCAUGCCCUUCACUCUCAGGGCGUUUGAAGAUGAGGGGAAGGCCCGUUUGGGAGUGGUUGAGUGUGUCAAACAUGAGCUACUACAGCCCUUCAGCGUACUCAGUGAAAAAGAGGGGGAGUUUGUGGCCCAGUUUAAGUUCACAGUAUUGCUGAUGGCCAACGGGCCUUUGAGAAUCACCAGUGGGCCGUUUGAGCCUGAGCUCUACAAAUCUGAGUAUGACAUUAAAGAUCCUGAGCUGAAGUCUCUGAUACAGAGCUCUGCAAGUCGUAAAGCACAGAAGAAGAAGAAAAAGAAGGCUUCCAAGAAUGCAGAAAAUGCUACAGGGCAGCAAGCAGAGAAUGAUGUUGCAGCUGAAUAGUUACCCGACACUCCUAAAAACAAUACAUAUUCUCUUAGACACGCAGAUUUCUAACUCCUAGAAAUUUGAAACCUAAAUUUUCCAUUAAACUGUUUUCCAUUGAAUCCUGUGACAAAAAGCCAUCUAUUGGGAAAUAGAAGAAAUUGAAACUCAUUGGUCUGAGAGAAAAUGAGUUUGUACUCUUUUGUACUGAUCUAUUGGCACUUAUUCUUUUUGAAGCACAAAGUUUACACUGAACUGAAACAAGACCCAUUUUGGAAAUUAAAUUGAUUAAAAAUCACAGUUUUUUUUGUAGUGUUAAGGUUGCAGCUGUGUCUAUCUUAAUCUAAUAAAUAUUUGGCAUUGUAGCUGAAUUGAAACUGCUAGGAAAAUGUGGAGGAAGGAUUGUUUAAGUAGCUUAAACAAUUUGUAACUUUUCCAAAACCUUGUGAUUCUCAGGGCUGAGAUGUGAUUUCUAAGCAAUGCCUCCCAAUUUUAAGGCCUAGUAGGUUUCUAAAUCGAUGUAGAACCCUUCCAUAAAUAUUGAAAUGCAUUUUUUGUAUUUUUUUGGGUAAACAGGGUUAUUCUGCAGUCACAUUCGUUAUGGAAUGGGGACGUUUUUGGAACUUAGUAAAUGCCAUACCCAUUUCCCCUCUACUCUGACAGUGCGGGCUUUACUGACAGAAGACAUUUCCUCAUCAAUCUCUUUAACUUCACGUUUCAUGAAACAUUCAUGUCUUUGUCUCAUCUAAAACUUCUACUGAAUCAUUACUUUAGUCCCAGUAAAUUAAGGAAACUUUAUGGAAAACAGGAAUAAACUGCUGCUAAUCCUCUUUCAUAGGCCCCAUUUUGCAUGUGUACAUGCAUAUCCACACACACAAUGGCUGUUGGGUAAAAGUGUAAGUAAUCUAUUGAGGGAGAUGUUUUGAUGAAGAGCAUGCAAAUGUCAUCCAUAGUCAGACUAAAGCAGUGAGCAGGCUCUAAAUUUGAUUUGCCUCAAUUAACAUAUUCGUGUGAAAUUUUAUGAUUAUUCGUCUCAAAGACAACGUUGGUCAAGGACCAGUUUUGCUCAGUCUCAAAUGCAAUCUGAAGUAUUUAAUACAUAGUAGUAAAAUGUAAAUAAAUAUAUAAAACAAACAGAACCUCUAUUCAAAGCCAUUGCCGGUUGAUCCUGUGCAGCAACAUUCAAAUGACUUCAUUUGCAUUGGUGAAGUAGCAGUGCUGUGGGUCAGAUUUGGUGGAUUGAUGCAUGACUGGACUGGGCAGAAGGGGUCCACUGUGGUGUGAUGUGACGGUGUUGAACUUGUCUUGACUUCACUCUGACUGUUUGUCUGGGAUACGUCCAGACUGACACACUUCUGUUUUCUGGGAGGAACCAUUAUAUGGGACAAUUUUACAUCUAAUGAAAUAAAACAAGACUUUGAAUACA